AGCAGGGCGAUAUGGCACUAAUGCAUUUCAGAGGAAAGAGAUGGAGAAUUACCUCUUCCCUCAGAAAUUCAUUACUGGUGGUUGGCUGAGCUCCAGUCACACUUCCUGGGCAAUUAAUAUCAUCCUUGCCCUCCUGUGUGGACUGGGGCUCUUUUUUCUAUUACUCUCCUACUUUCGGCCUAAUGCAUCCCUACCACCACGGACGAAACACAGAAACAGCAGGAAGCCUCAAGUGGAGCCACGGAGACAGAGAAGCAGCAGCAAGAAGAAAAACCGGACUCUGAACGCUUUCAGAGAUUGCCUGAAAGAACUGGAAGAGGUUCAGGACCUGUUUUCCCUUCUGCAAAGCCAUCUGGGGAAGCUCGCUGACCAGGGGGGCUUUCAUCAGCGCUUACAUCAAGCAGCCCCUGGGCAUGUGCGCAAAGCGGCGCCUGCUGGAGCCCAUCAACCAUGCAGGGAGCCUGUGGAAGAUGCUACUCCCACCGUGGCCCCAUCACCUUCCCCCGCUCCUCCGACAGGAGGCCCUCCACCUCUGGCCUCCACCGUGUCACCAGGACCGAUGACCUCCUCAAUUUCUGUUCAUUCACACUACUCCCUGAGUACUUCCUGGGCCAUCGGAGCCUUCCCUUCCCCCGUUUGGACUUUCACACCAGCCACUUGCUCUUCUCCCUUCCCCGCCAUGUCUCUCUCCUUCAGAGGCUGGCCGUCCACCUCUGACAGCCUCCUCGGCCCCAGCGCGGCCAGACUCUCUUCAGACUCUCCUCAGUGUAACUCAAUGGCACCCCCGCUGCGCUCCAUCCCACAGAGCUCGUCUCCAUAUGCCCUUUGGUUAGCUUCUCCUGCCCCAGCCAUCUUGGGCCUGGGCCGCUCAAGCUGUCCCAUUCCAGCCCUGUCCUGGUGGCAGGUGACUGCCAAAGACUGGGGCCUCUCCACCUCAACACGCUUGGAGUCCCAUCAGGAGCCUCUCUCCCACUGCCCACCAGGGGCCUUGUUCUGGGGAGACCCCACACACAGACAGGGAAAGAUGAGAAUCCCCCCUUUCAUCAACCCUGACGCCCAGAAGCUUCUGGAGAUAUUAAUCACCAAGAGAAUAGAACAGAAGAUUUGGAAGGAGAAGGAAAAGAAGGAGAGGUCAGACGGCCACCUGAACUCUUUUGGGAGAAUAUUCAAGUCACCAGGUGACAAGCAGGACACCAUGGGCUGCCAAUCCUUUUGGAGCAUGAGCGGCAAACCAAAACAGCUGCUCGGUCCUGAGAAGCCUCCACAUUCCAAGAUUUCAGCGGACAAUUUACAGCAGAAAUGCAGCCAGCUCUUCUGGGGUCUCCCCUGUCUGCACAGUGAGUCCGUGGUGGCCACUGUCAGGGUGACUGAUUCCUCACUGGAGUUCCCAUCUGUCAUAUUCAAUGAACUCCCUCAUGCCUUGCCACUCCAAAUUCAGACCACCGUAGCUCCAUGUCUUUCACUGACCCAGUCCUUACCUGACACUUUGGUCCAGCCCCAAACCUUGACGCUGAGCUUGUCCCAGUCCCAGCCCCUGCCUCUGGAUCAGCCUCAGCCUCAGCCCCUGCCCCUGCCUCUGGAUCAGCCUCAGCCUCAGCCCCUGCCUCUGGCUCAGCCCCAGCCCCAGGCCCACCUUGUACCCUCUGUCCCAACUGGACCACCUUCUCUUCCACCCGAGAUGGGGACCUGUGAGGUAUCUUGCCCUGCAUCCCAGAAGACACCAUCUUUCAUUUCAAAUGCAAUUCAAAACCUGGAAUGUCACUUUUUGAAGAAGCAACUAAAUGGGGACUGGACCUUACCCGCGAUGGUGAAAAGAUCUCAGGAGGUCUUUAGCCAAGGUCCUCCCGACCUUCCACAGGAUGCCCAGGCCCCUCAGGGCCAUGGGGCAGUCUCUGUUCUUCCCGGGAACUUGAUCAACUCUGAGCUCCGGGAGCAGCUGGAGUGGCACCUUUGGAAGAGAUUGAUGAAGCACCAAAGUGGCCUUCCCCGCAGGAUCCAGCUAUCUGUGAUACAGCCUCAUGGAGAGUUCCAGAAGGUGCCAGAGGCACACAGCCAGCACAGGCCUGCGUGGUCCUCUGAGUCCACAGAUGGAAGCUGCCAGGCUGCACAGAAGCCUGGCUCCAGGUACCCGGCAAGGACCGUGCCAGGAAAAAGCCUGGGUAAGGAUUCAAGGUCUAGUGCCGGGAGGAUCCAGAAAGAUCUGCACAGGGCCUCAGAAAGCUCUCCAGGGAAGGCUCCAGGAAUAAAUUCUGAGGAGUCAAACACAGACUUGCCCUUAACAAGCAGCACUGACAAGGAGCCCCCAGAGAAGGUCCUGGGAGCCCAUUUGGGCAGGACGUCGGGGCAGAUCAGAGAGGGUCAGAUCCCUGCGGAUGUUCACCGUUCCAGGUUCACUGCCAACCAUGCCUCGGACCUCCCCGGAACGCCAAGCACUCACAGGAAAACUGGAAAGCCAGCAUUUACCAAGGAUUGGGAACCCUACAGGACCACCGCCCACGGUUUUUCCAUCCUCAGUCUGUACACUCAACGGAUGCUAGAAGCACACAUUAUAAGGUUCCGGGUGAAGCACAGAUGGAGCCUUCCCCUCAAGGUCCUCAAGCCUAUAAAUCUCUUUAAGUUGAAAAAGAGCUUCCUCUUUCCCCGGUCCUCCACUCCCCGCUUAGGCACCUGUGCAUCCAAGACCUGCUCGAAAACCAAGUUCUUGGGAAAACCUCCUCAGCCCCAUCAAGGAGAGGUGAUGGGAGAGUCCAUUCCCACCUCAGGGGGCUCCCUCCCUGCUCCCCAGCCCUCAUGUGAGGAAAUCCAGCCGGGCCUGGAAGGGACCUCAUCUGGUGAUGGCCAUGGGCCCUGGGAGGCCCCUCUGGCUGGACAGGAGGCCAGGCCACCUUCUCGGACCCUCACAUACAGCUUUGUGGGCAGAACCUGGCACAGAGAGACGGCCUUGGGGACUCUUACGAAUAGCAGCUUGGAGUCAAGUCCAAGUCCAGCAACGGCCACGAAUGAGCCACGGAGGGAGAGUGGGAGUCGGGCCUCACGAGACUCCUGCUGUAGCGUAACAGUCCUUGAGCUCAACUUGGAGUCCCAGUAUUUGAGUGCCAGGGAGGAGGCCAGGGAGGUGAGGGAGUUCGAGGAGGUCCCUGCUUGGGGAGUCACCUCGGAACCCGGUGUGCUGGCCAACAACCAAACCAUCAAUGCAGAUCUGAGAAGAUCAAAGUCUUCAGGGAAAAGUGACAGCCCCUCACCACCUACAAAGUUGGUCGCCCAAGAUCCAGAAGAGCUAUGCCUUGAUGCACAGCUUAGAGAGUUUGAGCUCCGGAAGUUGGCGCAGUCAGAGAGCCAGCCUCAAGACGAGGCUGCCAACGUGCUCCUUCAAGACUGUGAAACCGGUGUCCUCCUUCAAGACUGUGCCACUGACAGUCUUCUUCAAGACUGUCAGUCCGAUGUGUUCCUUGCUGCAGACAUCUUGGCCUCUGAGGGAUCUCUGUCUGGCCUCCAGAGUGGGUCCAGUGAAGACACAUCAACUUCCCAGAUGCUGUAUGACCGCAAAUCAAGUAGACAGAACAGCCAAAGGCAACCAGAGCCCCUGGGACUGCAGGACCAAUAUAAGAGACCUAGGAAGUCAUCUGUCCCCACUGAUGACAGAGUGUGCUACAGGAGGCCCCGCCCAGGAGAGCCUGAAAAAGAGAUGUCAGAACUAAAUAUCUUCCAGGUCAGUGAGAUGAGACAUCCCGUCCAGGAAAAGGAGUCAGCAGAGUCGUCAGGAGGCAAGGUCUGUCGGCUCUUGCUGAAGAAGGACGAGGCUCCUCCUGAAAGCUACUUCAGAAGAAGGAUGAGGAACUUUCUUCAGUGGCUUUUUCCCAAUAAAGGCAAAGAACUAGAAAGUUCGCUUCAAAAAGGCAAGUCUUCAUCAUCCCGGAGUCGGGCAAAAGUCAGAGGCAGAUCGGGUGUGGACAGUGCCCCUGCCGAGGCUCAGGUGGUCCUGACAGCUGUGGGACAGAUCCUAGAGGAGACAAUCGUGCCUCACCAUGGAGUCAGGGCCCUGGACUACAGCUGGUGCAAAAGGGAUCUCCAGGCUUCAGCAGGUCCCAAUGUCUGCUACCACAAGGUCCUCUCCUAUCAAGAGCAGAGGAGGGUGAUGAGAGAGACAGCCUCCUAUCAGCAAGCCACCCCCAAGAGCCACAGCUGUGCCAACAAGACCAGCUGGAUCAGAGGCAGGGACAACAGGUGGGCCUUCCCAGCCAGGGUGCCAGGGUGCCCAGGCAGACCCUGCCAGUACACGUCCAUGGUGCCGGGACCUUCAGGCCGCCCUGCGCACCCCCACUGCCCCAGGCACUGCCUGCUUCAAGGAUAUGCCUCAUCUGGCCAGUCAAUGUGUGCUUCUCAUGCCUUUACUAGUAGGGCAACUUUUCUCCAAGAAAAAAUGCAAACGGUGCAGAGAAAAACUUUUUUUUCUCAUGUUAGCACAUCCUCUAUGGGCUAG